AUGGUUUACGUCGGUAUUCCAACGAACUACACUGCUUCGCCGUCCUCCUUCGCGGGGACGCCGUCUUUGACCAUCAACUAUGAGGCCACCCAGGAUCUCGACUCGACCAAUGCUUUCGAGGGUCCUGAGAAGCUUCUCGAAGUUUGGUUUGCGCCAUCUGCCGCCGAACUAGGUACUGCAGGCCCUGAGGGUCUCAAGAAGGUGCCUGGCGAAAUCUGGAAGGACAUGUUGGACCUGGUCAACUGCCAGGUGCUUUCCGUUAUCUCCUCCGACGAGAUGGAUGCCUACCUUCUGUCGGAGUCCAGCAUGUUUGUCUGGCCUCACAAGUUGAUCCUCAAGACAUGCGGAACUACCACUCUGCUUUCGGGCCUGCCCCGCAUCUUGGAGAUCGCUGCCUUGUUCGCAGGGUUCCCUCGUGCCACGGCUCCUCCAUCCAGGGGUAUCACAGUGGCUGCGGCUCCAUACCGAGUCUUCUACAGUCGCAAGAACUUCUUGUUCCCCGACCGUCAGCGUGGCCCUCACCGCAGCUGGCGCGACGAGGUGCGAUCCAUGGACAAGUUGUUCGUCAACGGCAGCGCCUACAUGAUCGGCAAGAUGAACGGCGAACAUUGGUACCUUUACCUCACCGAUCCGGGCACCAUGCUCACCCCGCCGGCGAGCCCUCAGGAAGAGGUUGUCUUCCCGGAGACUGAGACCAAGGUCCUUAGCUUCCCUGAGGCGGCUCUGCGCACCGAUUGUGAUCAGCAUGACGAGACCCUCGAGGUUCUGAUGACCGAUCUCGACGAGGAGAAUGCGAAGCAGUUCUACCUUGACAACGCCACUGCCGUGGCCGAGAAGCGGCACCGCAACCGGGAGCAGCAAGAUGCCAAUGAUCACCUCGACGUCUUCAGUAACACUUCCGAUAUGGACGAGGAGACUAACGGUAUGCUGCCACCGGAGCUGACCACAGAAGGCCAUGCCCUAGGCACAAUUGUGUCUGAAUCGUGUGGCUUGUCCGAUGUGUACUCCAAGAGCAAGUACCCAGACGCUCGCAUUGAUGCGUACCUCUUCACUCCAUGUGGCUUCUCUGCCAAUGGCGUGAUACCAGCCCCGGAGGGCAACGCCCCGACGCACUACUUCACCGUGCAUGUUACACCGGAGCCCCAGUGCUCGUACGCAUCAUUCGAGACCAACGUCCCGCACUCUCAGAAUGGCAGGGCCACCGCCGACAUCAUCCAGCAGGUCGUUGGGAUCUUCAAGCCUGGCCGUUUCAGCAUCACCCUGUUUGAAACCAAGCCCGUCUUGAAUGAGGCCGAGGAGGCGAACGGAGAGCAUGACUUGGCGCACGCCCAGCGCCAAAGUCUCCGUCGCAACAAGAUGGAGCACGUCGAUGGUUACCGCCGCGUCGACCGCAUUGUUCAUGACCUGAACGGUUACGAUCUUGUGUUCCGUUACUAUGAACGCAAUGACUGGAAAGGGGGGGCACCGCGAAUCGGAGAGAAAGGGUUCUAG